AUGCCUGAGCUCUCCCCAGCCCCAGCGCUGCAUUUUGCAGCUGUAGACCCCGAGCCGAAACCCACCAGGGAGCUGUGGCCUGGGGCAGCCCCUCUUCCACGAAUUCUCCAUGCCCGCAGACUGGCUGUGAGUCCCCGGCCAUGGCAGCUGCCCGUGUUCUCCACCUGCCCCGAGAGCAGCUCCGUGCCCGGGCAGGGUGGUUUGUGGGCACCAGACGGCUUUGCAGGGGGAGGCAAAGGCGCCGGGGGGCUGCCGGGGCCGGCCGCAGUGGCACCCUCGCGUCCGCAGGCACCCAACAACCCCAGCUUGGCUAUAAAAGGAAGAGUCUUUUUUUUCCCCCGGCUCCGCCAGCGCCGCGUCCCUGGCCGAGCUCUGCAGCCGCUGCUCCGCAGGGACCUUUCCAAGUUUUCCCAUCCAGAGCUGCCCCCCCAGCCAGUUUCCCCCGGCUCAUCCAUCCCCGGCAAACCCACUGCAGCAGCUGCUGAGUGUCUUAUAAAAUACCAAGAGGCCCGGCAAGCAGGAGAGAGAGACAGGGCUGCCAGCAGCACGCAGACAGCCGGCCAGCUCUGCCACCUGCCCCACAUCCCCCGGGUGCCCGGCGGUGCCCAAAGCCACGUCGUGGAGGAGCCGACACACACCGCUGGGCCCAGCAGCAGCCCAGGGCAGCUCGAGGGCAAAACGGAGCUCGUGGAGUGCACAAAAGGGUGACAUUGAGGGAAGUGAACUCAGAGGCUCCAUCCCACCC